GGGUACCCCUUAAUGUUGACAAAAGUCAAAAGGCACCCCUAUAGAGAAUAUAUCUUUUUCUCACUUAAAGCGUAAAGCAUCACUUUUUCUUUUUUCUCAACACAAACAUAACCUCUUUAUACUUUUAAAAUUUCUAUGAAACUAUGGUGAAAAUCUGGGUUGAGAUAUGCUUAAUAUCAGCUCGUGGAGUAAGAGCUUCACAUUCACUAUGGAAACGUCAAUGGUAUGCUAUUGGUUGGAUUGAUCCAAACAACAAAUACAUAACCAAAGUUGAUGCUUCUACCAACACAAACCCUCUUUGGAGAACAAAGUUUUCUAUUCAAGUUGAUAACUCAGAACCAAAUUUUCAAGAUCUUGCAUUGAAUGUUGAGGUUUAUAGCAGAGACCCUUUUUUCUUCACUGAGAAACUUCAUGGUUCUGCUACUGUUAUUCUCAAAGAGUUUCUUGCAAAACAGUUACAGAAUGGUGAAGGGAAUGAAGAAGUUGGAAGCUACCAAUUAAGGAAGAAGAAAUCUAACAAACCACGUGGAUUUGUUGAUGUUUCAAUUCGUGUUUCUGAAGACAAAGAAGAACCAAAUUCACACUCAGGUAACGGGGGAGGAAUAGAGCUCUUAGAUUAUAGUAAUAAGGGUGGUAUUGGACAAAGCUAUCACAAACAAAUGGAUCCAGCUUCAUUCAAUGAACCACAUAAACAACCACAAACUAAUGUACCCUACUCACAUCCAAUGUCAUAUCCUACAAACUACUCUAACCCUUAUGUAGGGGGACCAAGCUACCCUUCAGCUGCUGGACCAUGUUAUCAACCACUAAGAACUCCUGCUCCACCACCACCACCACCACCCCCACCUUCAAAUGUUGGUUAUGUUCCCUAUCAUUAUCAAAGUAAUGAUGGGUUGGCACCAAGUUAUUUUAAUAUGGCAUCAUCAUCAGGGACAGCUCCUAGACAGAGAGGACCUCCAGGAUUAGCAAUGGGAGCAGGUGCCGGGGCAUUAGCAGCUGGUGGUGUAAUGUUUGGUGAUAACUUCAUAUCAGGAUUUGAUGUACCUUCUGGUUUUGGAUUUGGAGAUCCUACACUUACCAUUGCAACUGAUCCUCUUUUCUAAACAAUCUUACCAUUGCUACUGCACACGGCACACUGCCUAGCUAGCUACUAGCAAACCAGAUUCGGAUUCGGAUUCAACAGAGUAACUGAUUUUGGCUGUUCGGUCACAAAUCACCUAUGAAGAUUAUUUCAUCAUGACUUAGUAAAAGUUUAAUGUGAGUCGACCAAUUUCAAAACAAUAUCGACUACUGUGUGUAAGUGCGUGUUAAUUUAAUUUGAUAUAAUAUUGAAGUGACCGGAAUUGUUUUAUACUUUUAUGCAAGAAUAUUCAUGGUUUUAUACCAAAAAAGUGCAACAAAUGUCCACCUUCAUAUGAGUA